GCCCUCUGCUGCCAAUUGCCUGAAAUCUGCUGUGUGCGGACCUGAAGGAGACAAGCGGGCGCAGCUUGGUGACGACAAUGCGCGCGACGACAAUACGAUACCGAUCGAAGGGCAGCAGGCAGGUUACUUUGAGUGACCCACCUAGCAAGUGCCCUUGCUCUCAUAUACCUGUGAAGGAGGCAGGUGAGUGAAUAUCCUAACUUCUUAUAUAUGAAACACAAAUUAUGGCUCACUUUGGUGCUAUUGCAUCCCUUGUUCUGGGAUUUUUGGCUGCAGCUUUAAUUUCUUCUUUGCACAAAAUUGAGGAGGGGCACAUUGGAGUUUAUUACAGGGGUGGUGCACUGCUAACUACAAUCAGUGGGCCCGGCUUUCACCUCAUGCUUCCUUUUAUUACCUCAUUCAGGACCGUGCAGACAACCCUGCAGACCGAUGAAGUAAAAAAUGUACCCUGUGGAACAAGUGGUGGAGUGAUGAUAUAUUUUGACAGAAUUGAAGUUGUAAACUUUUUGGUGCCAUCUGCUGUGUAUGAAAUUGUGAAGAAUUACACAGUGGAUUAUGACAAGUCACUAAUAUUCAAUAAGGUCCAUCAUGAGCUGAAUCAGUUCUGCAGUGUGCAUACACUUCAGGAAGUCUAUAUUGGUCUAUUUGAUCAAAUUGAUGAAAACCUGAGGACAGCAUUGCAGCAGGAUCUCACUACAAUGGCACCAGGACUUAUUAUCCAGGCAGUUCGAGUCACAAAGCCUAACAUUCCUGAGACAAUUCGCAGAAACUAUGAAAUUAUGGAGAGUGAGAAAACCAAAUUGCUGAUAGCUGCACAGACCCAGAAGGUUGUAGAAAAGGAAGCUGAAACAGAAAGGAAAAAAGCUGUGAUUGAGGCUGAGAAACUUGCUCAGGUAGCAGAAAUCAAGUUCAGCCAGAAAGUCAUGGAGAAGGAGACGGAGAAGAAAAUCUCAGAGAUUGAAGAUGCUGCCUAUGUAGCAAGGGAGAAGGCACGGGCUGAUGCAGAGUAUUACACAGCUCACCGGACAGCUGAAGCAAACAAGCUGAAGUUGACUCCUGAGUACCUGCAGCUAAUGAAGUUCAAGGCAGUAGCGGCAAAUUCCAAAAUCUACUUUGGGAGUGACAUCCCUAAUGUAUUUCUUGACACGAUUUCCCCAUGUCAACAGAUUCCUGCUGCAGAUAGCAUCCCUGAGCAUUAAAUAAUUCAACAGCAUAAGUGUACAGGACUGCUUCAUCUGUGUUUUUUCAGAGGAUAUCUUCAGAGAAACAAGACCGGAAUUGUUGUGUUAUUUUUCAAGAGUAUAAGAUCAGUAUUUUUACUUUCUUCCAGUAAGAAAAUAGGCAUAUACUGAAUAGUCCACUGUGCUCUGAGCUGAACAGUCACCAAUGAUGAUCCACACACUUCAAAAUAUGAGAAGCCCGUCAUCCUCUGCAAGAGAAGUAUAACAACUAAGAAAAACAACGUUGCCAGUUUGGAAUUAAAAUAAAUGCUGAGAAAGACAGAAUGAAACUAAUGCCAAAACAGUGAGAUUAACAGAAAAACAUUUCAUAAAAAAGGAGGAAAUUUUCCACAAAUAGCUCAUAUGCCAGUAUAAAAAUAAAGGAGACUGUUGUUUGUAAAAUGAAAAAUAUGCCCACUUUUGGUUCAUUACAAAUGCAGACUGUUUGAAAGACACUGAUUCACAUUCAAGAUAAUGAAACAAAGAAAAAUAUGAAGUGUGGUUGUGAUGUCUUUAGUCCAAUAUGCUUUUAUUCCUUAGUUUCUUUGUGUUAUGUUUGACCAAGAUUAUACUUGAAAAUCAAUGAGAAUCUGUGUGAAAGCAAGACGUCUCACAUUUCCUUAAGAAAAUGCCGUAACUGAUGAAUGUAAUAUGGUGUGUGUGUCACUUCUUUGCAGAAGUUUGAGGCUUGCAAAGGAGUUAGGUGAAGUGUACAGAUUCAGCUUGUUUUUAACAUAAAAUGUAUACCCCCUAGCAGUAAUACUGGCAGUGACCAUAGUACAUUUUAUUGGGUUUUUAAGUCAAGAUCCAAAUGCGUAGUAUUAGUAGACUGUACAGAUUUAGAAUUCAACUUAUAAAGCAGUCUAGAAUUUUAAACACUAUAUAUAGAAACUAUGAGACUAUAUACUACAAAAGGAAACAAGUAGGAUAUGUCAGUUCUCUAGGAUGCUGCGAGGCCUUCAUUCAAAAUGUACUUCCUCUAUAUGUUGUACCUGGCCUGUUCUAAAUGAAUAUUAUCAUGCCAGCAGAAAUGCCAAUGAAUUCUGUAUUCUGUUCUUUAAACUGUCAACUACUUUCAGUGACCUAAAUUACCUCAUUUGUGCUGGGCUCCUACUCACAUGAUUAGAUGAUUCAGCAAAGUUUAGAAGCUAAGCUAAGAAUGUAAAACCGCCACACUUCAUACACUGUCCAGUUUUCAAGUCCAACUUCCUCCUCUAAAUAAUGUUUUCAUAUUCCUGAUCAUCCACACUUCAUGUUUAUUUAAAAUUUUAUAUACUGCAUCCCAAUAAGCCGUUUUUGAAAAUCUGUUUAUUCUGGGUAAUAGGUAACAGAAUUUAAAUGUUAACUGUGUUGUUUAUUUCUAAUCUGAGUGAGUUAAUGUUUAAGCUGUCCAAUAACAGAACUUUUCAUCUUUCAUUUGCAGUUCCAAACAUUUGAUUUCCAAAGAAUAGGCACAGUUUUAUUGGUACUUUCCAGGCUGACCUCAGAAUGUCAUUUUGUCAAUUCCACAGUUAAUUAUGGAUUUUUUUCCCCCUAUUCAGUCACAAUGUAGAAAUUAGUCAGGUUUCCCAGGAAUUAGGAAUUGAAUGAUUCUGCAUUUUGCUAUAUUUUUUAAAUAUUUUAAAACCUGUUUUUCAUAUAAAUGAACAGUUCUGGCCCUGAGUGGAAGUAUUAAUAAUUUUGGACAUUUCCUAAUAUUCAGCAACAUGGUACUCAGUUUAGGUAUCGGGACCAAGUGUGGAGUUAAUGUUAAUCAAUAAAUAUCCUUUUGAGAUAUUUAUGUAGUAUAUUUUUUUUUUUGUAAGAUGCACUUGUUUUGUUUUUAUGUAGAAAAUAUAAGGAAACUGAUUCAGAAAUUAUGAAUAUUUACAAUUGAUUCUUUCAACUGCUUAAUAUAAAAAGACUUGAAUGUUUUCAUAAAGAAAGUUAUUAGAAAUAAAAACAUAUACAAGAAAUGAGCCUAAA